GAUUGCAAAGCGAAAUAUUAUUAUAAAGAUGUCUUGGUUUUUGUCAAGAUCCUUUGCACAAAAGCUAAAUUUUAUGCAACAGAAACCUUUGGAAAUAAGAAAGGGAUGCUUCUUGAUGUUGCAUGAGGUAACAUGCUGAAUUUAAUGACGAAUACCUCCUAAAUACACCAACGUUUAUAUGUAUAUAUAUCUAUGUAUUGAUAGACUUUGCUGUGAGAAGAGGAACAAAGCCUUUUACACGAAGUCAAGGAUAAAAAGCUAAACAGGGCAAACGCUGCCUUCUUUCUAGCCCUUAUAAGCAGAAUCAGAUUCCAAAAUGAAGGAGAAGAAUUUUGAAGAAGGAAACCAUAAAAUAGAUAAAUGAGCUGCUUCUCGCAUUUAAAAUCUCGUCAAAGCAGCAAAUUUUCAUCGGUUUCAUCUCCCUCUACUUCCUACUUUCAUGUCAGAAAGGCAGGUAUGUUGUAUGGUGAUGAGGAUUAACUUAGAUUGUAAUGCUUGUUGCAGGAAAGCCAGGAGAGUUCUUCUCAAUAUGAAAGAAAUAGAGACACAUCUGAUAGAGAGGCAGCAUUGCAGAGUGGUUGCUUGUGGGAGAUUCAGACCCUCAGAUGUUGCAAUAAAGCUGAGAAGGAAGAUGAACCGCAGAGUUGAGAUUUUGGAAAUUCAAGAAUUCGGUGAUAACAAUGCACAACAAGACCAGACACCCAUCACCAAUACCCAAUGAUUUUUUACGUACUCUUUGUAAGCAGAUUCUCUCAUUGUUAUUGAGAUGUUCAAAUGGACAUAUAUAUAUAUAUAUAUAUAGUGCCUCCAAUGU